CAAGAACAAACUUCCUUCCUAAUAGCUCCAAGCAAUUAAAAAGAAAUGAUAGUGUCUUGGGUGCAGGAUAUGGAUGCCUUUAGUGUGGGUGGUGGGUGCUGAUGGGCUGCAGGUACAGAGGAGCAGUUAAGUUGCAGACAGUUCCAUGGAAAACAGGAGUGAUGUGAUACAGGACAGCAAGGAAACUGUUGGUGGGGAGUGGCUACACCGAAGGGCUAAGCAGCCCAUGUGGUUUGGAACUGUUUGCCUGUGGUGGAUGGCUGCCCAGGCUACUUGGCUCUGCAGCAGGAACACAGCUUUGCUUGUCCAGGCCCAGCAGAGCCAGGGCAGGAUGAAGAGAGCAGUUGUGUUGGCAGCCAGAGAUGGGUCUGUCCUGAGUCCUCUCUGGCCCUCCCAGUUCCAGCUGGAUAGAUGUUUCCAAACAUCGUUUAACAGCUGGUGUCCACAGGGACUGGCAGAAGUGUAAAUACUCAUAUUCUGCCAUUCUCUCUUUCAUAUGUAGAGGUAGCACAGGGCAGCCUGUUUGGACCCUCAGCAGUCCACACAGUGGGGCUGGAGCCAACCGUGCUCUUGUUGGUUGGAGGGUGACUCCUGUGGGAGCAGAGGUCUGCAGUGCUGUCACCAGGAGGGAGACCCCCAGCUUGGGCCCUCAGCACUGUGCAGAGCCUGGCAAAGGGAAAGGACAGAAAAAGAGAUCUUGGCUCUUCUCCCUCUCCAGUCGAAGCGGGUGAGGGGCUGCCAAGGGCUUUGCAGCAGGGAGAAGAAAGACAGCGUUCAUGGGAGCUGCGUGACUCCGAGCUGGUGGGCUGGGAGCCAGGCACGUCAGCACCUGAUGGGCCAGCACAGGAGGAAGGGCUUCUUGCUCCUCACACCUCACCUUCUCCAGAGGAGCCCUUUCAAGGGGUCCCAGCCCACUGUAGUGAGGUUUCUCCUGCCCCACUGCCCUGCCUGUUCUGGGCUGGACUGUUGGCUGUGUGGGGCAUUGCACUGGUGUGCUGGGGAGGUCUUUCCCCAGGAGCCUGCUUUGUUGACUGCUACCCUGGACCAUGCUGGCUGAGACAGCUGCCCAGGAUCCCUCCUGCCUGCCUGUGUCCUCCACUCUGUCGUCUUGUAAGGCUAGAUUUGGGGGACCUGGAUCAGUCCUUUGGCCAUCUGUGCAGACUCUGCAAAGAAGCAGCCUCCAGUUGUGCACUGGCUAUAUGGAGGCUGCACAGAUUAUUCCCAGAGAGUGCAGGACUAGGGCUGCGGGGGUGAUCCUGGGGCCUGGACAGUCAUCACCUCUCAGAGUAGAUCCCUGCCCCCCUGCCCCUUCUUCAGGCAGGCUGGAGCCUGCCUAGAGGAUCCUUCCUCCUGAAGCCACUGGACAGAAGAGCCCUUGUGCAGCCUUUUUGGAGAGGUGCCUGGUACCUGCUGAGGCAGACUUUCCACUUCCCAGUGAACAGAUGCCUGGCUAUGGCUGGGCCAUAUGGUGUUUUGGACUCACGGCUCUCCCAGCACAACCUCUCCUCCAGCCCUACAAGCAGGUGAGAUUGCUCAGGGCUCUGAUCCCUGGCGACAGCUCCCUGCAGGCUGUGGGAGCUGCCAACAGUCUGGUGCAGGGAGAGGUGACAGGUCUGUGCUUGGAGCGUGUGCCCCUGGGAAGUGCCACCCAGUCAGUGUGGCCUUGAUGCUGGGUCACCGUUGCAGGAGAGGUUUGGUUGUGCAGGGGGCUUGCCCUGCUGGCCCGGGAUCUGAGGAAACCACACCAUGCGGUGAGGGUGAGUAAACAGCACUUCAGGUUUGUGGUCAAGGAUGAUUGUGACAUCCUGGGGGCACCUCUGAGGCUGGGAUGAAAUCAGACUCUGCCUGUCAGCCAAGAGUCUAUAUCAGAGCCAGAAUCUCUGGCUCUGGCUUCAUGAUCUUAUCCUUUAAACCAUUCCUGCAGGAGCUGCUAUAUCCUUCCUGACUUCUCCAGCAGUCUCUGCUGCUUUUCCCACUCAGUCAAGUUUAUUGGGUGAGCGAUUGCCCGAGGCUCAGCGUCAGCAGCUGUGCUCACUGUCAGGCCAUGUGGAUUUGGGAUGGGAAGGGAGGAGCUGGCAGCUUUGCCCUUUGGCAGCAUGUUGCAGGGUACAAAGCCAGCCAGCCCUCUUGCCAAACUGUAAAUUUGCCCCUUGCUCUUGUGCUUCUCUGGCUUUUCCUGUGGGCUGAGGGUUCAUCCCACUCAUGCUGUGGCUGCUCUGCUAAGUUGUCCUUCAGCUCCCUGUGCCCUUAUGCUUGCAUACAUAGUGCUCUCAGCUCAGCUGCCUGGGUGCACUUCUAACUCAUCAAGUGCUGCCUGGGCAGCUCCCCAUUUCAUUACUCUUAGGAGUUCAUGGCAGUGGGCUGUGAAACUAUACCCUUCUUCUCCACCCUGCUCAGUCCCAUGCAUCCAGGAGGGACAAAGCCUAUGGAGCUCUCUGCCCUGACCAGGAGAACCCUAGCAGUAUGCUGUGCCUGGCUGGGAUGCUGUAUGCCAUGGUCUGUCCCUGGCACCUCUCCCCUAUGGAGAUUUCUGCAGCACAAAACAGGAUCUCAAGAUCCUGUGCCAGUGCAGGGCAGAGGAGCUGGUGCUUCCCCAGGCAUUCUGGCAGGGACCAGCCAUUUCCAUCUGCAUAAUGGAGACUGUAGCACAGCCACCAUCAACCCACUCUGGGAUAUUUUUAGGCCUGGCUGUGCUGAUGAGGGAGAGAUGACAGGCUCGCUCCACAUCCAGACCAUGCAAUGCCUCUCCCAGCUGCAGCCACCUGGUGCAAUGGAGAAGUGUGGGCUGUUCCCCCAGGGAAGGCAGCACUCACUGGGUACUGUGGCUCUGGGCUUGCUGGGAGCAGCUGCUGGUGCUCGGGGGGAUUGAGGUGUUUCAGUAGCACCCUUCUGUCUGUGUCCCCUACCUGUGGCUGGCAGCUGCCUCUUCAUGGCUGCUAUUAGCCCACAUCCUGCCAGCAAACAGAGCACCCAGAGGCCUUUCCCCCUGGCUGCUCUAACUCCUUGUUAUGAAAAGCAGCUGCAAGAAUGCACAGGUUGUCACAAAUGCUGAAUCUCCAAAACCAAGCAUAUUCAUAUCCCUCAGCAGAGCACAAACCUUUGGCCACAUCCUGCAUCACAGAGGUCAGGGCAGUGCAAAUUGAGCUCUCAGCCCCUGCACCCUCUCACACAGCUCCUAUGGCCAGUGCCAUGCUGGGUGGUUCCUCUCCUUUCUUCCUUUUCCCUAGAGGGAGCAGAUAAGCCUCAGCACCCAGGAGUGGGGAAGAAAGGCACUGGAACAUGGCAGGGCUACCUCAGCCAGCAGCUACCCUGCCAAACCAGUGCCCCAGGCCAGGCAGCUGUUCUCAUGACCAACAGGGAAGUACCUGCACCAGCAGCACCAGCACUUCCUCCCACCACCUUCCCAGUGACUGGCAGCAUUUGAGAUGCCUGUGCUUUCCCUUCCUCUUCCCUCUCCUUGCCCUUGAUACUUCCCAUCUCCUUGAUCCCUUUCCUAGCAUCAUGCUUGCCCUUGUCUCAGAUGUGUAGGAGGUGGGACGCUUCAAGAGCAUCUCUCUGGGCUUAUGGCUCUGCACCCUGGGAGAUGCUGAUGUCCCUUGGUGCAUCACAGGGUUUUCAGAGGGGCAGUCACCCACAGAGGUGCGGCCUGUAGCUCUGCAGACAGGACAUGCCCUGGGAGUUACUUACCAAAGGCAGCGUUGCUGACCAUUUCCUUUGGGCACCUGGGGAAGGGAUCAGAGUGACACAAAUGGGGGAGGUUUGUAAACCUGAAGUGAACAUUGGCUCAGGCACUUGUGCUGCUGUGCUUAUGCUGUGGGUCAUCAGCUCACUUGGGUAUGUAUGAGAGAGACAGGUAUGAGUAACAGUUGGUUGCUGUGUUGUAUGAAGGUUGCUGGUGCAUUACUUGGCUUCAGAGGCUCCAGUUCACCAUGGAGCAAUGGAGAGGAGGCUCAGGCUGAACAGGAUGAAAAGAGGAGGCUAUGGCUAGCGGCCCCAUCACCAUAGCAGGCCAGCUGAAGGUACACAAGGGAUUGCUGCAGUGCAAGUAAUUAAGUACUAAAGCUCCAGGCUGGAAAUUACGCAGUCCCUGGGUCAAGGGCUGGCAAUGAGUGCUGCUGCAGGUAAUGUAAUGCUACAGAGCCAGCUCAGGCUGUCGUACCUGUUUUUAGAAAGAUAUGUGCAUGAGCUGGAAGAGCAGGUGAACAAAACUGUCCUCAGGCAGAGCCCUCCGCAGCUUCUCCACUGCCUUCUCUGGCUUGCAGAAAUCAGUCCUGGCCUCCUUUUUGCUGCUGGAGCUCUGUGGACAGGAGAUCAGGAGGUGUGCUUACAGGUCAGGGCAAUACAGCAAGCACAUCCAUCCAGCAUCUCUUUUUCAUGCCUGAGCCACCGAUGUCAAAAAAUUUAAGCUGAGACCUUAAACUUGUUGAGAUCUAGUUGAGAUCUAAACUUAUUUUGCAAGCUGCUUCAUGGUAAGGAUGGCUGCCUCUGCAACCUUCAGUGACUGUGCCGUACUUAAUUCCAGGCUUCGGUUUUUCCCAUCUUCAGCUUCUCACCUUUGGCUUCUGCCCUUCCUUCUGCCCCUACCAGUACUCUGCUCCUUCUGGCAGUGAGGAGACCCUCUCCUGGGGCAGUCCUUUACCUUGUACUCCUCACAUCCUAUGCAGCCUUAUUUGUCACAUUUCAAACCCUUAGCUCCUUUUUUGUGGUGGUGUUCCUGCUCCUUGGGAUUUCUGUGCCUGUUCUGAAGUUUGGAUAGCUGGACCAGACAUCAAGUUGGCUUUGCCAGAGCUGCAGCUCUGCUUGGAAAUCCUCUCCAUGCCCCUCUGACUCAUGGCCCUCAGAGCCAAGGUACUGUGCUGCAGGCUCAUGGCAACAGUCAUGUGUGGGGACAGCUCUUUUGAAGCUUUUUUCCUUAAUUUUGCCUCCCACCCCCACUUUCAGGGAGAUUCUCUACCCUGCAGUACAGCCUGUCUUCUCCAUUCCCAAGAACCUUCCUUUGCAGCCCAUCACUGGGCUGGGGGCUGGUAUAAUUUUCCCAGGGCAUUCAGCUCAUGCUGUAGCAGCAAGCAGCGUUCAGUGUUUUAUCAGCCCCAAAAGUAAGCCUUCAUCUUGUCAUCCAGAUUAUUGAUAUUAAGACAUAUUAAAUGGCACUGGACCAGAGGUCACUGGGGGUCUAAGUAGGCUUCCUGUUGUUGAUGUCUCCCCAUUAAGCCUUGGCUCGCUGACAGAUCUCAGAAUGUAGCUGUUAAUAUGCAUAGUUGUUAAUCUACUUGAGUCUUAUUAAUUCUUUAUAAUGCAUACUUUUAAUUAAAAUCCUACAGCAUUAUUGAAAGCAGUGGAGAAGGCAAAUUGUUCUCUAUAAAUGCUCCUACUCUCAGCACCCAGAACUUUCCUUUUGCCCAGGAAGGAGUUUCCCUGUGUAACAGCCUCAGGAUGCCUUUAGCUGUGCUUUCACUUACUCAGUGGCAGUCUGGGGCUCUCUGCCAUUUCUCUGCCCAUUGCCUUGACCCUUUCAAUUCUGCUGGCUUCCUACCAGCUGACCAUUCGUUAAAAAUUAACACAUGUGUUUGGGAGAGUCUCUGAUUAAAUCAUCAAAUUGUCUGCAAAUUACUUGGGCCUGUAGCAUGAGUGUGGCUGGUAUGGGGAGCUGCAGCCUUUUCUUGUGCCACUGCUUUGCUGAAUUCCCUCCUCUCUGUGACAGCACAUGAGAUGGAGUCACUCCUGCCAUUCCUGUUUGAGAGGAGGCAGUGGCUGGAUGGUGCCUGCCUGCCUCACCUGACUCUUCCAGCUGCUUUUAUGGUAUGAAAGGGGAUGGGGUAAUGCCUGUUUGGAGAGCUCAGGAUGAACCCAUUGAGGUUCAUGGCCAUCACAGUUCUAAGUGUCUCAGAAAUUCAAGUUUAUUCAGCAAUCAUCUCAGAAACUGAAGGACAGCACUCCUGGCUUCAGAGAGGCAGCAUGGCCACAGCUGGAACUGGGCUCAUUCAAGAUUCCUGCAGCACUGGCAUGAAGAAAUGCACUGUGAUACCCAGUGAUGGCUGAGCAAGACUGGGCUGAGCAAGACUCUGUAUUUCACUCCCAGAUCUCAGGUCAUGUAGAAGAGCAGAUUUAAUGUGAAGAUGGGACUCUUGGUGUUUAUGCGUAACCUGCUGCUAGCCCUCUGCCUCUUUCUGGUACUGGGAUUUCUGUACUAUUCUGCUUGGAAGUUGCACCUUCUCAGAUGGGAGGAUUCAAAUUCAGUGGUUCUUUCCUUUGACUCCGUUGGACAUACAAUAGGCUCAGCUUUCCUUGUUGAACAGGAAGGAGAGAGAGAAAAACUGUGGCUAUUGUGCUUCCGCUGUCCAUCCCAUCUCACCUUGCUGCAGACCCAGGAAAAGACAGAGCCCAGAAAGAACCCACAGAAACCAUGGCAGCUCCAGGCCCAGCCAUUCCCAGUAGAAUAUGACAAACUUGGAUUUCUCCUGAACCUGGACUCGAAAUUGCCUCCAGAGCUGGCAUCAAAGUAUGCCAAUUUCUCUGAGGGAAUGUGCAAGCCAGGCUAUGCAUCAGCGCUCAUGACUGUCAUCUUCCCAAAGUUCUCGAAGCCGGCACCAAUGUUCUUGGACGAUUCCUUCAGGAAAUGGGCACGUAUCAGGGACUUCGUACCUCCCUUUGGAAUUAAAGGACAAGAUAAUCUGAUCAAAGCCAUCCUGUCAGCAACCAAAGAUUAUCGUCUAACUCCAGCUCUUGACAGUCUCAGCUGCCGGCGAUGUAUUAUUGUGGGAAAUGGUGGAGUACUUGCAAAUAAGUCAUUGGGGUUAAAAAUUGAUGACUAUGAUGUUGUUGUCAGGCUGAACUCGGCUCCAGUGAAGGGCUUUGAAAAGGAUGUGGGUGGCAAGACAACACUCCGGAUCACAUAUCCUGAAGGUGCAAUCCAGAAAAUGGAGCAGUAUGAGAAGGAUUCCCUGUUUGUUCUGGCAGGAUUCAAAUGGCAGGAUUUCAAGUGGCUGAAAUACAUUGUUUACAAGGAGAAAGUGAGUGCCUCUGAUGGCUUUUGGAAGUCAGUGGCGACCCGUGUCCCAAGGGAACCUCAUGAGAUACGUAUCCUGAAUCCCUACUUCAUCCAGGAGGCAGCUUUCAGCUUCAUUGGACUGCCUUUCAACAACGGCCUGAUGGGCAGAGGGAACAUCCCCACCUUGGGAAGCGUAGCAAUAACCAUGGCGCUGCACAACUGUGAUGAGGUGGCGGUAGCUGGCUUUGGCUAUGACAUGAGCUCACCCAAUGCACCGCUGCACUACUAUGAGAACAUCAAGAUGUCUGCCAUCAAAGAGUCCUGGACGCACAACAUCCAGCGGGAGAAGGAAUUUUUGAGAAAGCUGGUGAAAGCCCGAGUCAUCACUGACCUAACCAGUGGGAUUUGAGUGGCUGCAGCCACUGCAUCCAAGGGAGGAGAUGAAGACAUGCUGCAGCUCUGGGAGCAGGCACUGGCAGCCCCUGCAAGAAUCCCACCUCACUGAAGACACACAGAGAUGCCCAGGUGCUCUGGGAAGACCCUCUUGCAUUGCCAGUCUGCACGAGGGUUACAUCUGCCACCUCCAGGCCUAGAGCUGGCAGGAGGUGGGCAAGGGGCUGAGUGGACAGUUCUUGAACUCUGCAUCGCAGACAGAUCUUCUGCAUCCUGAAUUAGACAGGAAAGACUCGGGAGAGAGAAGAAAGGUUUGUGAAUAAAAUGAUUAGUGCCAAAUGGGAGGUGAUGCUGCCCCAAGGCAGCAAAGCCUGAAUGUACAAAGUAUUAUUUUUUAAAAGACUCUGCUGGAACCAUACUAGAAAUACCAAGGUACAAGGCAAAGUCUGCUUGCGCACAGCCCUGCGAAAAACCUGGUCUCUUCAUGCUCCAUCUGCAUUGUCACCAGCCUCUGACCUUUCCCCAGGAAAACAAAUCCAUCCAAAACUUCGGUGUCAUUGGUGCUGCUACGAUUCAAAGGGAGAAUAAUGGCUUCCUCUCAUUCUCCACUUGGAGCUUCUGGAUGGAGAUGAGCAUGGGUUUGUUUUUCUGCAUUUUUCCUCGCAUCCUCCACAGAGGCAGCAACAGCAGCCACUGACUUGGCUAUGUUUUCCAUAGCCAUUUGCUCUGCCUCUGCCCUGACCCCGAGGUGGAGCAGUGAGCUGGUGGCUUUCUCCGCCUACAGCAGACCCUCCCCACCUUCCUGCCUGUCACAAUGCAGAGGAGCCUGCCCCGUUGUGCUCAAGGCUUUCAGGCCUCUUGGUUUGUGCCUGCUGUGCAGGGCCCCUGAAGAGUCCAUGCAGACUUGUGUCACUGUUUCUGGACAGCAUCUCGCUUUGGUUUUGUGUGGGAGGGGAGUAAUUUAUUCUUUGGAAGGAGGUCAGAUCUUGAGCAGAGAUCUCAAGCUUUACAGUUUGAGAGAAGACUGCUGAAGAUGUUUGUUUUACGUUCCAGACUCAAUCAUGUUCCCUAUUUAAGCGAUGUGUGACCUCAAUGAUGAUGGAACCUGAUGGGAACUCUCACCCUCUGCUCGGCCCCUGCUCACUCCAUUUCCAAGCUCCUCCUGUGCUGCUCUAGCACUGCUGCUCCUCCUUCUCUCAGGAGCACGUCCUUCCUUUGCCCUCUUGGUCCCAAGAUGCACUAUUUGCACAUUUGAUUUGUAUACGUAUUUCAGAGGAGCUGGAAUAAACUGAUCAACGUGGCCAAGUGUGAGGGCAGCAGGGUGGUCUCAUCCACCUGAAGAGCGUGGGCAGAAGGGAGGUUGCCAAGGGAAUGAGCAGUUACAUGUGGAAAGUUCCUGUGCUCUCCUAGCCUGGAGCAGGCUGGAGUGCACCCACAGGCACUGUCCCAGUACCUGGGUGUCAAGGUACUGGCACACAGCCAGCCAGUGUUGGGGUCAGUGGAGGGGGAUCCCAGAGGGAUGUGGGUUGGGCUCAUGGUCCUGACACUGUGUCUGACAUAGCCCAAGGAUUGCGGUCUGCCUUGCUCUGGACUGAAGGAAGCAUGACCCUGGCUUGGGCAAGGAAUGCUCAGAGCAGGGUGAGCAGGGCUCCCCCAGACCAACUCUGCACCUUCUGACUUGCAGGGACUGUGGCUUUGGACCUGAGACCCUCAAGGGGGUGUGCAGGAGGGGCAGGCAGUGAUCCAGGCGUGGGGCAGACCAGCAAACUGUACAGAAUGGUUUGAGACCAGGCUGCAGGCAGAGGCAGCUCCCAGGACAUGGCACUGAGUGCUGCUUACAGAGCUGUGUGGGAUGCCUCCCUCAGGAGCCUCUCCUGCCUGCUGUGCCUGUAGCCAAGGAGCUUGCUCAGGGGCAAGUCCUGCCCAGCUUCUUGUUGUGGCUGCUGUUUCCCUUGUCAUCUGGGAGCAGCUCAAAGUUCCUGCUGCUUCUGGGCUGCAGAAUACAUGCUGGGAGGCUCUCCUUCCCUUUACUCUUCCCGUGUCCCAUCCCCACUGCUCCAGCCUCCCAGCCAGGCAGUCCCCGUUCACCCAGGGACAUGCCUCCUUUUAGGAUGCUCUGUCAGGUUUGCAGCAGGUUUUUGAGCGUAUGCUAUGGCAGAUACUCCUUUUAAGUAUCUCCCAGUUUGUUUUUCCUUCUUGAGGACUCCAAGGGACUGAAUUUCCAUGGCUCUCACCAGGCAGCCCUCCCUUUGCAGUUCCUGGGUGUCAGCCUGGACUUGGGACCAUCUUCUGUCGAGUCCCAGCCAUGCUGGCAGGGGAAAUGCUUGUCUGGGUCUGGCUGAGGUUGUGGCUGGGGAAGGGUUGGCACCCACUCUCUCUGUCUUGGUGCUUUAAACAGCUGCCAUGAGAGCCCUAGGGCUGUAUCCAUGGGCUGCAGUGAGCUGAGAUGGCAGAGUGAGCAGCUGCAUCUGGAAGGAGGAGGGAAGAGCUUUGGUGUCUCUGCUGGGGCCUCCACAGAGGAUUGUUCAAUUGCAUUAUUGAACACUCAAAGCUCCAGGGCACUUUCGUCCUCCAACUCACUAGCUCCAGGUCCAAGGACACAGCAUGGCCACUGCUCAGCCUUCCCUAUCAUCCCAGCUCCCCACCACAGCCAUGAACAGGUCCUGAUGGGAAGCUGACCCUACAGACCAGGGACAUGACUCCAAGUCCUUCCCUUCACCUUGACAGGAGUUUCCAGGCAGAAGAGCCCAAGUUGAAUAGAUGAGUGCAUGGCCCGGAGUGACUGUGGUGGGUCAGGACCACCUGCAUGUAGAAGGAAAAGAGCAUUUUGGGGACCAAGACUCUCCUCUGGCUCACUGACACCAGAGAGCAGCCCAUGGCCAGGUGAUGGGGCUCCAGCUCCAGGAGCAGUGCACAGCACUGCGUUUUGCUCCUGGGUGCUGUUCUUUUGGCUGCCUCCCCACGUGCACCUGCAGCCACCUCCCGCCCUCGAAAGGCUGCAGUCCUGGCAGCUCGGAGCGGUGCACGCGGGUCAGAGCAGGGUCAGUGGGACGGAUGUGAGUCUUGGCCUCUCCCUCGCAGUGACUCACCUUGUCAGAUCGGAAGGGAGAGCCCAGGGGAAUUCUCCACAGCCUAAAUAUAGAGCGGGGUUGCCUGGUGCCUCUGAUGCGCUGUGGUGCAGAAAGGCCACUCGGGUGGCAGGGAACCUGCCUAGAGACAGCCCAGGGAAACACAGGGAGAUCAGGGGCCAGUGACCACAGUGGGUUUUGCUCCAACUAGUGCACAGAGCAGGUCUGGGGAGCUGCAGGGCAGCCUGCAUGUGCUGCUCUGGAGGACAGGAGGUGCCGGAGAGCUGCUGCUGCUGUGCUGACCACACCAUGAGCUGCGUGUGCACGUGUGUCAGUGCCCACCACACUGGCAUUGGGAUCCCACCACCAGCUCACCCUGUUAGGCCUGGCCAUGCUGUGGCCUCGGGCUCACACAUGCCAAAGGUAAGCACCAUGGCCAGGUAGCAUGAGGCAGGAUGGGAUCCAGCCCAGCAUUCCUCAUCCCAGCAUCUCUGGGCUUCCAGUGUCUCCUUCCUUGGAGGGAGAAGUGGAGAGGCCCUGCCUGGCCAUGCUGUGCUGUCCCUCAGUGUGAGCACUGCUGGGAGCAGGGGAAGGUGUCAGGACAGGGCCAUCUGUGUUAAAUGGGCCCAGUUGGGUUGGGUACAGGCAGAACUGGACACGGGCAAGGGCUUCCAGACUGUUUGGCAGGGAGGCAUGCCGAGCUCCACGGGCACCAGCACAGCGUGUGCUCUCGGUCUGAGCGUGUCACUCGCAGUAUUAGAGACGUGUCCUUCAGUGCAGGAGCCCCUUUGGGGCCACAGCCCAGCCCCUCUGGGCCCUGGCUCCUUGCACAGCCUGCACAGGGUCUUGAAAAGGCCAGUGCAUUCGCCGGUACUGUACCAAGCCAAGAUGCAAGAACUCAAUGAGUUUUUAAAAUUAGUUUUAGUUUCUGCAUUUUUUUUAAUUUUCCCUCUAGGCAGGGAGGGUAAGAGUCUUGCAGGCUCCUCCAAGCCGGCUUAUGUCACAUCAAUUCAGUCAUAUCACAGAAGCAAUAAAGCUAUCAAACAAG